AUGAUUAAAAAUGAGUUAACAACAAAUAACAUUUAAAAGAACAAACAAAUGAUAAAAUACCCCAAAUCCUAAUGAAUACUCAAUAUUUAACUGAAUACAUCUGUGAGAAAAUGACUGAAUGUUAAACAUAGGAGCUUGGUUAGCAUUAGCACUAAUGCUAAUAGUCUGUAACAGCUCAUGCUAACGUCGAUGAAUAUGAAAAUGUGUUUGGUCCUAUAAGUAUUUCAUCGUGUCAGACUGUUGCUGUUCAUGAUGACUUGUAAAAUAAAGGUUACAAGAACAAAAACAUGCUGGUGCUGAUGCUGCGGGUUUUGCUCCGCCCCUCCGGUCGGGCGGGGCCCUGGAUACUGCAGCACAACACAGACCAGAGACCGGGAUUAGGAGCAGCAUCAGGACCGGACCAGGACACAGAACAGUGUCAGGACAGGACCAGAACCACGGUAUCAAGACUCGAAGCAGCAUCAGGACCCGGUGCUCGAGUCCCGAUUCUCCUCAUCCAACUGUUUCCUGUCACUGGAUGCAGAACAGAAUGCUCUCAGGUACAGCAGAACGACUCCAGAAGGACCGGCAACAGGCCUCUGGACUGGGUUCAGUCCAGCAGGCCGUUCGGUACCUGAACCAGGACUACAACAACAUAAAGGGGUUGCGUCUGCGAACCGGGACCCUGUUCGAUGACCCCACUUUCCCAGCAGAACCAGCCUCACUGGGCUUCAAAGAACUGGCCCCGGGUUCCGUCAAAACCAGAGGAGUGGAGUGGAAGAGACCACCGGAGCUGGUAGACAACCCUCAGUUUAUUGUGGGUGGAGCCACCAGGACUGACAUCUGCCAGGGAGCUCUAGGUGACUGCUGGCUUUUGGCUGCCAUUGGCUCUCUGACUCUGAAUGAGCAGCUGCUGCAUCGUGUUGUUCCUCAUGGACAGAGUUUCAGUGAUGACGACUAUGCCGGCAUCUUCCACUUCCAGAUCUGGCAGUUUGGUGAGUGGGUGGACGUGGUGAUCGACGACCGGCUACCGGUUAAAGAUGGAGAGCUCCUGUUUGUCCACUCGGCAGAGAAGGCAGAGUUCUGGAGUGCUCUGUUGGAGAAGGCCUACGCCAAGUUGAACGGUUCCUAUGAGGCAUUGUCAGGUGGAAGCACCACUGAAGGUUUUGAGGAUUUCACAGGUGGUGUUGCUGAGAUGUAUGAGUUGAAGAAAGCUCCCAGAGACCUUCACCGCAUCAUCUCCAAAGCUCUGGAACGAGGCUCUCUGCUGGGUUGUUCCAUCGAUAUCACCAGUGCUUUUGACAUGGAGGCAGUCACCUUCAAGAAGCUGGUGAAAGGCCACGCCUACUCAGUCACAGGAAUUCGACAGGUGGAGCACCAAGGGCAACCUCAGCGUCUGAUCCGGAUCAGGAACCCAUGGGGGCAGGUAGAAUGGACCGGAGCUUGGAGCGACAGUUCUUCAGAGUGGGAUUUUGUGGAUCCUGCAGAGAGAGAGGAGCUGCUGCAGAAGAAGGAGGACGGAGAGUUCUGGAUGUCCUUCCAGGAGUUCUUGCGUCAGUUCUCACGGUUGGAGAUCUGUAACUUGACUCCAGAUGCUCUGAGUCAGGAUUCCACUAAGUCAUGGAACACCGUGAUGUUUGAGGGAGGCUGGAGGAGAGGCAGCACAGCCGGAGGCUGCAGGAACCACCCCAACACAUUCUGGAUCAACCCUCAGUAUAAGAUCCACCUCCUGGAGGAGGACGACGACCCUGAGGACGAUGAGGUGGCCUGCAGCUUCCUGGUGGCUCUGAUGCAGAAGGACCGCCGCCGCUUCCGCCACCAUGGACAUGACAUGCAAACCAUUGGAUUUGCCAUCUAUGAGGUUCCAGAUGAGUUCUGUGGACGUCCCAGUGUCCAUAUGAAGAAGGACUUCUUCCUGCGUCACUCAUCCUGCGCUCGCUCUGAGACCUUCAUCAACCUGCGAGAGGUGACCUCAAGGCUCCGCCUCCCGCCGGGGGAAUACCUGAUCAUCCCAUCGACCUUUGAACCCAGUAAAGAGGCAGACUUCAUCCUACGUGUUUUCACUGAGAAACAGUCAGAGACACAGGAAAUGGACGACUGCAUCAUGGUCAAGUUUGAAGACGAGGAGGAUGUCUCAGAGGGCGACAUUGAUGAGUCCUUCAGGUCCAUGUUUGCUCAGCUGUCGGGAGACGACAUGGAGAUCUCUGUGAGGGAACUGAAGACCAUCCUGAACCGAGUCGUGUCCAAACACAGAGACCUGCAGACGGACGGGUUUAGCAUGGAGUCCUGCAGGUCCAUGGUCAGCCUCAUGGAUAAAGAUGGCAGCGCUCGGCUCGGCCUCAUGGAGUUUCAAAUCCUCUGGAAUAAGAUCCGAAAGUGGCUGGGAAUCUUCCGUCAGUUCGAUCUGGAUAAAUCUGGAUGCAUGAAUUCCUAUGAGAUGCGCCUGGCCCUAGAAAACGGAGGUGUCACCUUAAACAACCGUCUGUAUCAGCAACUUGUGGCUCGAUAUGCAGACAACGAGAUCAUUGACUUUGACAACUUCACCUGCUGCCUUAUCAAACUAGAGACGAUGUGCAAGGCCUUCCAGGAGCUCGAUGAACAUCGGACUGAGAUGAUCGAGCUGAACUUCACUGAGUGGCUCUGCCUGACCAUGUGUGGAUGAAGCCUCUGGCAUUAUGAAGCCCCUCCCCUCCAGACCUACCUGACCCGCCAUUAUGUCGCCAUAGAUUAAUUAAUGAUGCACAGCAUUAGACUGAAGCAAACAAACACCAUCACACAUUGAGACUGAUUUAACCCUGAAAUGACUCACAUGUUCAGUGAUAACACGACUCAGUAUCAAACCUGAUCAACAUGUCAAUAUGUCUGAUCAAUGCAACAAAUGAUCAAUAAAACAGUGAUCAAUACAACAUCUGAUCAGAUUUACUCAAAAGAUAAUUAUUAAUUUGGAUUAACUGAUUCAAACAGAAAAAACAAUUAUUUAAUCAAGUGAAAUUAACACAUGAAUGUAUUGAUCCUGUAGUAACCGUUUGUAGUAGUGCUCAGUCUCAUACAGUUAUUUAAUACAUAUAUAUACUCAUAUACUCUGGGCUACAUGUACUUGUGCAUGGUGAGUCCUGCUGCUUCCUCAAGCUGCAGAUAAAGGGCGCUAACGCUAUGCAUGAUGGGGGGGUGAUGCUGACCUUUCACCUCCUGUGUGGGAUGUAUUUGAGGUCAACUCAGUUAAAAAUGAAUAAAGAUAAACAUGAAACUCA